UUAGGUUAAUCGAACCUGAAAAGGGUGAAGGACCGUCUUUGUCCACGUACCUAUAUACAAAGGUUGGAGCUGACGAGGUGAAGUCUUGUAUCGACAGCAAACAAAAUCGAAAGUCAAACUUCUGUCUGGUGGUGGAUCGGGCCAUGAACCAGCACAUGCCGGAUAUCUGGGCGAGGCAAUGCUUGACGUCUGCGUAGCAGGACAGAAUUUUGCGUCACCAUCAGCCUCGCAGAUCCUAACAGAUCCUAACAGAUUUAAAGGCACUCGAUGCUCCCAUGGGGUAUGCCCACCGCGUCCGCUACUGAGUGAAUGCUCAUACUGGCUGAGAAGGCAUGCUAAUGAUUAUUACCUCUACCUUACAAAGUCGUUUUAUCAUAUCUACCGCUAAUGAAUUAAAUCUAC